UAAACUUAUUUCCACACCAAGCCGAAUAAAUUGUCGCCUCUGCGUGGCUGCCAGGCAUAACAGUUUCAGGGGGCAACGCGUGCACAUCUCCAGAUCCAAUUCGGAAUUAAAAAGUGAUAAGUGAACAAAAAAGAAAAAAAAAAACAAAUGGGAAAAACACAGCUGCAGCUAAGCGGAAUCUCGAUGUGUUGCCUUUUCGUCCUGGCAGCGGGAAAAGUGCCUCAAAAUUCGUAUACGAAUAGCUGGCGAGAUCUGAUCUUUGGCAACAAGUGGUUAGCGCCGACACCACGUCUACGUGAAUCGAAAUUUCUACCCAUUUUCGCCCUGGUACCCAUCGGACCAAGCAGCUGUUCAGCACCCUCAGGCGAGCAGGGCAACUGUAUACCCAGCAAGGAUUGCCUCCUCAGAAAUGGUAUUCCCGCUGGACCCUGCGGUGGUGGCUAUGGCGUCUGUUGCGUGUUUCUUCAAACUUGCGGCGGAGUUAUUCGGGAAAACUCCACGUACUUUGUGAAUCCCAAUCAUCCCGAUGUCUACGAUGGCACUGGCAGUUGCCAGGUGACUGUACAGAAGCUGCAUCCCGACAUUUGUCAGCUGCGCUUGGACUUGGAUAUGUUUUCAAUAGCGCCACCUGAGGCAGCCAAUCACUUGUGCAGUCAGGAUCAACUGUUGAUCUCGGGCGGCAGUCCCACACCCACCAUAUGCGGCAGUUCCACAGGCGAUCACAUGUACAUUGAUGCUGGCCUUGGCCAGAGUAAUCCAAUUGUGUUAUCUGUGAUAACGAGCGCCAGUUUUCCACGCUUGUGGCGCGUGCGAGUUACGCAAAUCCAUUGUGGCAGCAUCAGUCGAGCGGAUCAGGGCUGCCUGCAGUUCUAUACGUCGAUCAGUGGUCGCGUGCGCAGUUUCAACUACAAUACGGUGGGUGGCAGGCAGCUCUCGAACCAGGACUACAGCAUUUGCAUACGCAACGAGCGCAAUUUUUGCGGCAUACAGUAUAAUGCGUGUCCCGAUCUGGAGAAUAAUCGUUCGCGUGCAUUUACCAUAUCUGGCAACUCCAACAAUCCAGUACCAACCAUUGUGGGUGGCGGUGGUGGAUCGGUGACCAAUGGCUGCAUUAGCGAUUGGCUACUAAUUGGCUGCAUACGCUCCGCAGAUCGCAUUCCUCCGCUGCCGAACUGCGAGGAUCGCGUCUGUGGCGGCACCUUCAGCGCCGAGGCGGGCAUGUUGGCCAAAACUGUGCAAUCCAGCGUUCGUCCAUUUCGUCUAUACUUCCACACGGAUGGCGUGGAGGCUCCAAAUGAUAUUGAUAAUCGUGGCUUCUGCUUGGAUUAUGUGCAGCAGCCGUGCACUAAUGGAUUUAAGUAGACAACUUUAUUGAAUUUAAUAAAUAUGUAUGUAUUUUUAUUUAUUUUCGUUGUUAAAUUAAGGCUAAGUUAUAAUUACGAGUAAUUAAGUUAAUUUCGUAAGGUCGCAGAUCGGUACAAAUUCAAAUUGUGGGACAAUUGUGUUUAUCAAAAUGUUGUCUGAUUUCAAAUUCUAAAAAUAUAUAUAUAAUUUGUUUGGCUAUUAAUACAGUUGAUGUUACAAUAAAAAUAUGUUUAAUUGUAAUACUUAGACAAAGUAAAAACGAAAAUAUCGAAUAACAGAAAUAAUAUAAGAGAACUUUGAAGGGACUUUGUCGUUAUCAGAUUUUGGGGAGAGAUUCGGUUCGGUUAGGACCAGUUCCACAUUUCCAGUUUCUGUUCUGCUCCGUUCUGCUGCACAUGAGAUCGCCAAUUUCAGUCUGUGCACGCAUACCCGACUUGUGACGUCACUGGGGGGUUUAGGGUUUUUUUGGGAAUUGCAUUGGGGCUUGCCAUAGCUCUAAUAGGUUUGUAUUAGGGCAGCCACGUGCUGUUUCUCCUCAUCGGUGAGACCGUUCUUCAGCGUUCGACGCAC